UCCGGUUUCUAAGCGCCUUUUUUGGCUUUUUUGUUUUCCCGCGGCUGAACUGUCAUUCGUUGUUUGUUGACGGUCGCUCUUUAAUUUCGUUAUCGUUGGUGUGUUAUAUUUUUCUGUUAAUUUUUACUGGAUAUCUUUAUUUUAAAAGACUUUAGAUAUCAUUAACUUGCAAAAAUCUUCAGUGAUACAAUGGAAAUCAUCUCGAAUAAGUUUAUGCAGCAGCGAUUCGAUCGGCAGAAGCACGAAAUUGAAUCGUUUGUGGUGCGCAUCUAUCGGCACAAUCUCAUCAAGGACGGCGGAAUCAUCAAAAAGAAACUCCGGGAAAAGCUGCUGGAGGAAAUCCGUCUCCGGCGUAUCACCCGAGUCAAAAUAGACGAACUGGGGUGGGUUCUGAUGAACCACGGGUUGAUAACGAAGACCGCCCUGAAGCAACAGCAGCUGGAACAGAAGGAACAACGGGAAGAGUCCGAGGAGGGGCCGAAACAGUUUAGGUUUAAUAUGGAACGGUUGCGAGAUUUACUGGAGAAGCACGAACAGCGACUUCAUGCCGAGCUAGCCACUAAAAACCAGGACAAACGUUCGCUUGCUCAGAAAGCGUUGCUUGCCAACGAUCUGGCCCUUAAGGAAAUCCGGGAAAUGAUGGAAGCACAGCGUCCAUUAGCGGAAAUCCUGUACGUAACAACCGUUGAGCGUUUGCUGAAGUAUACCUUUGAAUCAUCGUCCCGGAGUUGCUUCGUUUGCCGGAAAAGUUUCCCCUCGCCCGAAAACUAUACGAAACACUUCGAAUCUGUACAUGGGGACAACUUCAAGAUUGUCCCCGCUAACGACUGCCUUCAGACGGGACAAAGGUUGAACGUGGUCCAUCAUUACGACGCCUUGAGUCCGGUGACGCUGUUCACAAUCCGGAACACGCAUCACUCGGCCAUGCAUAUCGAUUGUGUCUAUCUGUACCACUCGACGAAGCAACUGAUGCCGGUCAAUCGGGACGUGUGGCCAAUCACGAUCAAUCCGGGCGAUAGCUACAAGUUCUCCAUCACCACGGGAAUGUUUCUCGUGCCGGAGCAUGACUACACCAUUCUGGUGCAAUUCAAUCGGAUACUGGAAUACGUGGAGCAGUACCACUUUCGGGUAUUGAAGGUACCGGUCGAACUACUUGUGACCCAUGAACCCAUUGUGUUGGGCAAGUUGAAAGAUUACCUUCCACCAAUCGAGCUGGUGGCGGUCUUCAAGAACGAUUUCGAGAUGGUCGACUCGUAUUCUAGGAAGGAACGCGAGCUGUGUAACAGUAUUCAGACAUUCAUGCAGAAGGAUGAAGGCAGUCGACUUAAUGCCAGUAACUAUGUGAAGAUGCUGCAGUUGAUGAACAACAUUGAGGACUACAACGUUCAGCACGAGCUGUCCCGCUAUAACAUGGACGAUGUCCACCUCAAACCGUGUGGCCCCAAAAGAUUCUACAGCCUGAGGCUCAACCAAUUCAGUACGGCACCCAAGUCGUUAGUGGAAGGCGACUACAUAGAACUGACCUACACGCGUCCGAACAAGUCGAUCAAAACCGUCAUUGGGGUCAUUUCGCAGCUUUGCGCCAACAAGGUUCUGUUCGAAACGGAAGAACCCCUUCGAUACGACAUCAAGUGGCGAAUGAAAUUCAACCCCAACCGGACGCCCAUUCGGAUGGAAUAUCAAGCUUUGGAGGUCCUCCAGAGACAUGACUUGAGCUCGUUCUUUUUCCCCACGAAGGUGGCAGAGAAGUUCCAACAGUUCGAAAGAGGCCGAUUCGAGUGGUUCAACGCCAAUUUGGCCGGUAACGACGAGCAGCAAACGGCUGUAGUGAACAUUGUCAACGAGACGGCUCGCCCUGCACCGUUUAUUCUGUUUGGACCACCGGGAACGGGUAAAACCUCAACCUUGGUAGAAGCAAUCGCCCAAAUUUGGAAGCUCAAACCGGACGCCCGAGUUCUCGUGACGGCAUCUUCGAACUUUGCUUGCAACGAACUUACCGAACGGCUACUCAACGUCGUUCCCAAGGAGGACAUCCUGCGCUUCUUCUCCAAACAGGUCGAACGGAUGAUGUCCGAAAUGUCGUUUCGCUUGAUCGAGUGUUCGAAUUUGAACACCGGAACCUAUCGAUUGCCUUCCCCGGAGGAAUUGUACGGAAGUCGUAUCGUCAUCAGCACUCUAACAUCGGCCGGUAAACUCGUCCAGGCCCGAGUCAAACCCAACCACUUCACGUUCGUCUUCAUAGAUGAGUGUGGCAGUGCUACGGAAGCGUCCGCCCUGGUGCCAAUCGCUGGGAUCAUCACUACACAAAGAUCGAUCAACGGUACCAUUGUCCUAUCUGGCGAUCCGAAGCAACUUGGUCCGGUAAUCCGCUCAGAAUACGCCGCUACCAUGGGUUUACGCAUUUCGAUGCUUGAACGCCUUAUGAAUCUUCCACUGUAUCAGAAAGAUCCGAAGACCGAAACCUACAACACCCGGGUCAUUAUCAAACUCCUUCAGAACUAUCGUUCCCACGAAACCAUCCUGAAUUUCUCCAACAAACGAUUCUAUCAGAAUGAACUACAACCCUGUGCCUCUUCGGAUAACGUCGAUUGGGCUCUCAGUUGGUCCGAACUACCCUCAAGUCAGUUCCCGAUCAUCUUCGAAUCGACCAUGGGUAAGCUGACUCGCGAGCAAGACUCCACCAGCUACUACAAUCAAAAGGAAAUCGAACUGGUCGAGUUCUACAUUCGUAAGAUUCUCUCCGACGGAAUAAACGAGCGAUCCAUUGAGCAGAAUGCCAUUGGGGUCAUCAGCCCUUACAAGAAGCAAUGCAUCAAGGUGAAGCAAAUGUGCCAACGACAUGGAUGGAACGAGAUCGACGUCGGUUCCGUAGAGGCGUUCCAGGGCCGUGAGAAGCCGAUCAUGAUUCUGACCACGGUCCGUUCCGGGGCCACUGGCGUCGGCUUCCUGAGCAACGUCAAGCGGCUGAACGUGGCCUUGACGCGAGCCAAGGCGCUACUGAUCGUGAUCGGUAAUCCGGAAACACUGCAGCAGGAUCCGAACUGGUUCGAGUUCAUUCGGUACUGCUACGACAACGGUGCCAUCCGGGGUGUGAAGUUCGAGCUGGACGAGAAGCGCCACAUGGUGAAGGAACUCCCCGCCAAGGAUGCUUACAUGACGCUGAUUCAGGACCAGCUCGACAAGAUCAUCCAGCAUAUGGGAGUAGUCAAAUUGUAAGCAGAUUUGCAUUUGUGAUAUUGUUUUACUCUGAAGUCUUUAUAAGUGCCGAGGUAUCGUUUUAUUUUGUAAUAAUUUUAUAACUGUUGUUUUUGUCCCCAAAUGUAUGUGAUAUUGAUGAAUAAAAUUGUAAUUUAACAUCGUA